AUGAGCACUGAUAUCGAGCGCGAGCUCAAGCGCGAGGAAACCGAGCUAGCAAGAGUACGUGUGUUUCUUUCUACCACCACUAACCGCCAGGAUAAGGAAAUAGACCGCAUUCUGCGCGAAUGCAAGCUGGAUCACUACUCCGUGCUAGGGGUGCAGCCGGGCAUUUCCGUCGCUGACGUCUCUAAGCUGUACCGCAAAAAGUCGCUACUGAUCCAUCCGGACAAGACGCGUCAUCCACGUGCCGUGGAAGCGUUUGAUCUGCUUAAUAAAGCCUCGAACGCGCUCCAGGACGACAAGGAGCGCAAACGCCUAGACCAGAUGUGGACCGAUGCGCGCAAGGUACUCAUCAAGGAGAACGGCUGGAGUAUUGACGAUGAGCGGCUGACGACGGCCGAGUUUUUGGAGUCAUGGAGGGCGAAGGUGCGCGAAUUGCUGAUCGAGGAGGAAUUCAUACGGCGAGUGGAGCUGAAAAAGCAGCAGAACGAGGAAUUGAAGAAGCGGAAGGAAAGAGACGCCGAGUUGGAGCAGCGCCAGGAAGAGAAGCGGCUUCGCGACGCGUGGGAGAGCAAACGUGACGAAAGAGUGACGAGCUGGCGCAAAUUCUCUGAUAAGAACGAGAAGAAGAAGAGGAAGAAGAGCGUGUUGGUGUAAGGAGGGGCUGGGAAAAAAAAAAAAUUCAAAUAUCAAUUUUCCAAGAUCAAUAGUUCAUCCAUGCCACAUCUCUUCCAGUAUCUGACCGUCGCGACCAUCUCGCUCGUGACAGGAUGCUGCAUAGGAGCACUGAUUGCUCCUGUUUAUGGGCCGUCGCCUGUGUCGUCGCCUUUCCAAAGCUUACUUAGCACCGCUGGCAGUUCAGAGACCCCGUCUUCAGCAGAGGGCCUGAGCGACGACGAGGACCAGGACGGUGUAGCCAUUGACUCGCGGCCGCUGAACGAGAUCCCGGGGGAAUGUCGCAUGGCCCUGGUGAUUCGGGCUGAUUUGGGCAUGCAAAAGGGCAAGAUUGCUGCCCAGUGCGCGCAUGCUGCCGUUGCCUGCUACCGGCUCAUGUCCGAGCCGGGCUCGGAGGCCCAGAACCUGCCGCUUCUGCAGCGCUGGAACAACCGCGGGCAGGCUAAAAUCACGCUCAAAUGCUCCGGCAUGGACGAGAUGGACACUCUUUUCGCCAAGGCCAUGAGUCUGAACGUGAAUGCGUACAUUGUUCACGACGCUGGCCGAACGCAAGUCGAGCCCGGCUCGGCAACUGUGCUGGGGCUGGGACCGGCGCCGAAGCCCGUGCUAGACCUCAUCACAGGGGACCUAAAAUUAUAUUAGAUGCAUUAAUGACUAGUUUAUU